AUGGCUCCACCUCCGCCGACUAAGUCUAUCUUUGGGAAGGAAGAAGACGUUUCAAAAGCACUUCGUGCUAAAGUUGCUUCUCACCCUCUAUUUCCUCACCUCCUCCAUGCCUACAUCGAUUGCCACAAGGUGGGAGCACCACAAGAUAUGGCACAACUAUUUGAAGGAAUCAAAGGAGUGCAUAGUGGGGUGUGUCAGAUAUCUGAAUCUGAAUCUGAUCAUGGCUUCUUGGGUGCUGAUCCCGAGCUUGAUGGUUUCAUGGGAACGUUUUGCGAUCUGUUGGUGAAGUACGAAUCGGAUCUUUCAAGACCCUUUAACGAGGCAACCAUGUUCCUCCGUCACAUGGAAUCUGAGCUUCACUCCAUCUGCAACGAUCUUGCUGCUACACACAACACUCCUCCUCAACUUGCAGAUAUAUGGCUGUUCUGGAUAGAUAAAGUUGCUUUCUUUUGUUUGUGCAUUGAGCUGGAUCUGAAGAUUGUGGAUUUGAUGGAAAAUAAGAUUCACAAACGUGGAAAGAGUGGCGGAAUUGAAUGCAAGAAGAUAAAUGAAGUUCAAGAGUUGAAAGAUAAUCUUCUUCAUAGAUAUAGUGAUUACAUUGUUAAUCUGAAGCAUGAAUUUUCCAGAAAGAAGAAGAAAGAAAAGCUACCAAAAGAAGCAAAGCAAAUCUUACAUGCAUGGUGGAAUAUUCACUUUAAAUGGCCAUAUCCCACGGAUGCUGAUAAGGUUGCCUUAGCUGAAUGGACUGGUUUGGACCAGAAGCAAGUAAAUAAUUGGUUUAUAAACCAAAGGAAACGCCAUUGGAAACCAUCAGAGGAAAUGAAGGCUGCAAUUUUAGAUGGAAUCUAUGGACCCCUACACGAAUAUGUGAGAACACGUGGCUUGCAUUUCAACAUAAGAGGGAAGAUUUUUCCUUCUCAUAUAGUUAUCAACAAAGGCAAGUAA